AUGGUGCUGGAAAGACUUUACGGCUAUAACGUGCUGUUCAAAGCUCUCUCCACAUUGUUUGCUCUUGGAUUUGGCGUGGCAGGCCUCUGCCUGUUUGGGGUCUACAAGUACCAGAACAAGCUGGUCUACCCUGCGUAUUUGAAUGAUGGUCAUGGAAAGGUUGAUACCCCGGAUCAAUAUGGGAUGAAUUCGUACAAGUUGGCCAGAAUCACUACCAAAGAUGGUGAAACUCUUUAUGGGUACUUGGUGACGCAUGAUCCUAACAGCGUAAGCUACACCAACAAGACAGUGGUGGUAUUCUGUCCAAAUGCUGGAAACAUUGGUCAUUUCCUGCCAGUGGUGCAGAUUUUGCACCUGACAAUGGGAUAUAACGUUUUUAUCUAUUCAUACCGGGGAUACGGCAACUCAACUGGGGUGCCAUCGGAGGCCGGCCUUAAGAUAGAUGCGGAACGCAUUUUGGAGUAUCUCUGUGAAAACGAACAAAUAGCGAAGAGCUCGUUGAUAUUCUACGGAAGAUCUCUUGGAGGUGCCGUUGCGAUUUAUCUGGCCUCACAACACCCCGACAAGGUUGCUGCUUUGGUUUUGGAGAACACCUUCUUGAGCAUCAGAGAGGUGAUACCCCACGUUUUCCCCUUGCUUGCUCCGGUGAAAGGUCUGUGUCACGAGGUGUGGGACUCGGAGUCUGCGAUUCAAAAAAUCCCUGCGGAUAUUCCGAUCUGUUUUUUCAGCGGUGAAGAUGACGAAAUUGUGCCUCCUUCUCACAUGGCCAGACUGUGUGAGUUAUCGAAGAGCCGGGAGAAAGAGAUGCACAUAUUCCCAGGGGCCAAGCACAAUGAUACUAUUAUACAAAAGGACUAUUGGGUUUAUUUCCAGCAGUUCCUGGUUUCUCGGGUGAAUCCAAGGGGGAGGUGA